AUGUUUCUGGACGAUCGGAUAGUAACUUUGUUCAAAAGGAAUGCCCACCACACGUUGACUUACUGGAGUGUUUUCUUCAGUUUCGGACUGUGCAUCGCCUUUCUGGGGCCAACUAUUCUGGACUUGCAGUGCCAAACCAAGUCCACGCUGAGCCAAAUUACAUGGGUGUUCUUCUCCCAGCAGUUCUGCUUGUUGAUUGGCAGUUCGGUCGGUGGUAUUUUCAAAAGGACCUUGUUCACCGCUCUAUCUGCUUUAUUUGUCUCCGCGCUCAUCAUCUCAGUGAUAUUUGCCAUCAUCCCUUUUUGCAACAAUGUCCUGGUACUGGCCAUCGCCAUGGCCGUGUCCGGUUUGGCCAUGGGCGUCAUCGAUACCAUUGCGAACAUUCAACUGGUCACCAUCUAUCAGAAGGACUCUGCUGUUUUCUUGCAGGCGCUCCAUUUCUUUAUUGGCUUCGGCGCCCUGGUGAGCCCUCUGAUUGCAGAUCCUUUCCUCUCAGAGCACGGCUGCGGGAAUCACACUGGGAACGCGACAGAGAUAAUGCAUCAUUUCCGGAACAUGCUGAGAAACAGUCCAAUUGCCGAGCACAACAUCACUCAGAGCCACUUGCCCCACGGGGGAGAAGAGGAGGAGUCCAGUGUGCACUAUGCCUUCUGGAUCAUGGCUCUUAUCAAUCUGCCCGUACCCUUGGCAGUCCUAUUUCUGAUGUAUCGUGAGCAGCUGAUCCCAUGUUGCCCCGGCGGCACACCUCGUCUCCUGGACAAAGAUGAACUGGCACUGGAGAACCAACAGGGAGUUGAGGGCACGGAAGUGGAGCAAGGAGCUCAGGAAGCUGGAGGUCACGGGGAUAUCUUUAGCUGCUGUCAGAAUGAUAACCUGCGCGGGCUGCCAGUAUCCUUCUUCAUGAUUCACAUCCUCGGCGGGAUGGUGCUCUUCAUGACUGAUGGCAUUGUGGGGGCAUACGCCGGCUUUGUGUACACAUAUGCAGUUGCAUCACCGAUGUCCCUACCUCAUAAGACAGCAGGCUACUUAGCCAGCAUUUUCUGGGCAGCCAUCACCGCAGGUCGGCUGCUUUCUAUCCCUCUCUCGUACCGUUUCCAAGUUGUGAGACUGCUCAUGUUCAACCUGGCGGGCGCUAUUAUCACUGUGCUUUUGUUACUGAUCUUCUACACCAGCAGCACAUUUUUGUUUGUUGGGACCUGUUUGUGUGGACUUUUUCUCAGCAGCAUCUUCCCCUGCAUGCUUGCCUACACUGAAGACAUCCUGGAUUAUCAGGGUUGUGCUACCUCAGUAUUGGUAACAAGCGCAGGAAUGGGAGAGAUGGUAAUGCAGGUUCUGGUUGGGUCGAUUAUCCAGACUGAAGGCAGCUAUAGUUUCCUUCUCUGCGGAGUGAUUAUCGCUUGCAUUGGUUUUAUCCUUUUCAUUGGUCUGCUUUUUUUCCACCGGAUGCACAGAAACUACCUCACAGGAACGUCCAAAAAGUCUGCCAUGGUGGAGGAGGAAACGCCACAAACUAAUGGAUCUCCCAAAGCUGAGCCAAAAGAAGAGACGCAGAAGAGCUGA